UUUAAAAAAAACCCGAUGAGAUUGCAAUGAAGACAGUCGUCAGUGUGACUGUGGAAUGCAAAGUGGCCAAACAGAAAAUGCCCAAGGGUUGCCCACCACAUGGUUGCAGCCAAGACUCGGAUUACCAAUCAUUUCUCCUCCAGCAUCAGCAUGAUGUAUAGAUGCAGGUGGAGUACGAAUAUGGUCACAAUGUAUUGCAGAGGAUGGCCAACCUUCAGGAACGCAGCUUAUCAAAAGCACUUUCGCCACCAACCAACAGUCAAGCGGAAGGUGGAAAGAGGCGUCCCAAAUGCAACGAACAGUCUAACCCCAGAGGAUCCUGGGUCUAUUCUUGCCAUUGUUUCUAUGAGAAUCAGAACUGGAUGGCUGGGCCACGCCAACCAAGUUCACAUCCCCACAAUCGCGAAAGUUUCUGAUCCAUCAGCGGUCAAUACGUGCAAAGGUACAAUGAUUUUUCCCCCGCACCAUUUGCUCUUUAGAAAAGAGGCUACGCCUUUUGAGCAGACACGAACCCGCUCAAACAUGGAACAAAAACACAUUUCAUCAAAUCCAAGGGGAUAAGCCUUU